UCUAUGGCACCGGCUGCGGCGUCUCUGCGGCUGGCGGGCGGGGGGCCGCUGUAGCCCCCUCCGCGCUCGGCGGCCUGUUAAGAGCAGGGCCCUGGGAGCAUGCCCCUGGGCGAGUACGCCUUUGUGCGGGCUGUGGGCAAGGGCAGCUACGGGGAGGUGAGCCUGGUGCGGCACCGGCAAGAGAACAAGCAGUAUGUUAUCAAAAGGCUGAAUCUUAAAAAUGCAUCAAGCCGUGAGAGAAAAGCAGCGGAACAAGAGGCCCAGCUGUUGUCCCAGCUGAAGCAUCCUAAUAUAGUUACAUACAGGGAGUCCUGGGAAGGUGAAGAUGGCCUGCUAUAUAUUGUCAUGGGUUUCUGUGAAGGAGGAGACUUGUAUCAUAAAUUGAAGGAGCAGAAAGGACAACUUUUGCCAGAGGUUCAGGUGGUGGAAUGGUUUGUUCAGAUUGCCAUGGCAUUGCAGUAUUUGCAUGAAAAGCACAUUCUUCACAGAGAUCUCAAAACUCAAAAUGUUUUCCUGACACGUUCCAAUAUCAUCAAAGUGGGCGAUCUGGGAAUAGCUAGAGUGUUGGAAAAUCAGUAUGACAUGGCUAGUACACUCAUCGGCACCCCUUACUAUAUGAGUCCUGAAUUAUUCUCUAACAAGCCAUACAAUUAUAAGUCUGAUGUUUGGGCUUUGGGUUGCUGUGCCUAUGAGAUGGCCACACUGAAGCAUGCUUUCAAUGCUAAAGACAUGAAUUCCUUGGUUUAUCGAAUUAUUGAAGGAAAGCUGCCACCAAUGCCAAAAGAUUACAGCAUUCAGCUGAAAGAGCUAAUAAGGACCAUGCUUAGCAAGAAGCCAGAGGAGAGGCCUAGCGUCAGAAGCAUACUGAGGCAGCCAUAUAUCAAGCACCAGAUCUCCAUGUUUUUGGAAGCUACAAGGGCGAAAACAUCCAAAAACAAUAAGAAAAUAUCUGAAUCUAAAUCCCAGAGUGGAAAUAUAAUACCCCAGAAGUUUCCUAAAGAACAUUCAAGAAAAGCUAAAAGGAAUGAAGAUAAAUGUUUAAUCAAUAAUAAAACCUUUGACGUUCCUUCUGAAAACAGAUUGGUACCUGAGCCUGAAAAAAGUACAAACAAGAAUGGUUUGAACAGCGCAAAUGUAUCUAUGGCAACUUUGAGCAAAGUGGACAUAGUUAUCGUUCCAUUAGAAAAGAGCAACUCUAAAAGUGAAGUUGUAAUGGAAGAUAAAAAAUCCAGCAGUUCAAGUAUUUCCAGUGAAGCAGAGUCUGAGAAAGCCCUGAAUGGCCCACAGUAUCAGGUAGAAAGCUUGCAGAAAAACACCAAGCAACACCUGGAAACUGAAAACAUAGAUAUUAAGAAGACAGUUGCUGAGGCCACAGAUGACACUAUAAAACUUCUGCAGCCUCUUUCAGAUGCUCCAAACACAACGGAUGACAGUCUGGAUUCUACUGAGAAACUGCUAGCACCAUUUGUUCCUGUAGAAAUUCUGGAUAAAGCUUGCCAUGGAAGUCGAAGAGAAGUGAAAAAUACAAUUCAGCGUGAGAACACUCCUUGUUUGCAGCCCCAGGAUUCUGUUCACGAGCCUUCCCUGUCACGACAGCGAUGGCAGAAGAAAAGAGAGCAAUAUGAGAUUACAACAUGUGUUUCUCGGCGUCUGCCUUCUCCUCCUGAUAUGGAUGCAAAGACAAGAGAAGACAGCACGGACAAGCAGAAUGCUGCAGUUGCAAGGGGUGUAAACAGAUCUAGGAACAUUGAAGUAGCAGCUGCUAAGGAUCGGCCAUUGUCAGCCCGAGAGAGGAGAAGAUUAAAGCAGUCCUUGGAAGAUAUGCUUCCUUCUGGCCCUGCUGCAAGACGAGCAUCUCACGGUGCAUCAGGAGAAACAAAAUUUCCAGAGGGCGAUGGUCACGUUCAAAGUGCUCAUUUUUCUGCAGAGCCUAGCAUUUAUGUGCAGAAGAGGAACUUAAUUGGCUGCUCUACUGAGGAUGAGCUAAGUUCUUCCACCAGCUCCACAGAGAGAUCAGAUGGAGACUGUAAAGAAGGAAAAGCAAAUGAAAUGAAUGACUUGCUACAGUUGAUGACACAAACACUUAAAAUGGAUAAUAAAGAAAAUUGUUCACAUUCUGCAAUACCAAUUCCUGAUUCACAGUUUAGGCUUAAUAGGAAAUACAAAGACACCCUGAUCCUACAUGGCAAAGCAUCAGAAGAACCAGAUGAAUUCUCAUUUCAGGAAUUUCCUUCAGAUGUUUUGUCUGGUCCUGAAAAGAUUAAGAGAUUGAUUGAGAUCUUAAGAGCAGAUGUGGUUCAAGGACUUGGAGUGAAGCUGCUAGAGAAGGUAUAUGAUGUCAUGGAGGAAGAUGAUGAACAGAAGAGAGAGCUUUAUUUGCGGGAAGUCAUGGGAGAAAAGUACACAUUUUACAGCAUGAAGGCUCGUCAUUUAAAGUUCUUGGAAGAAAAUGUGAAACUUUGACAGUUAACCUCUAUUGAACUACUCCUCCUUGAAGGAAAGAACAAAACUUUAUUCAGUUCAUUGCAGCUGAAUGGAUUUUUAUUUUCCUACUCACAAUGAUUUUGGGGGUAUUUUACAGUACCAAUUUUUAUUGUUUGUACAACUUCUUUAGUUUAUAAAUAGCAACACGUUUAUUAAGUUAA